UUCUUUCUAAUCACACUUGCCAGGGCUUAACACGUUCAUUCUUUGACACCUGUCACUUGCGUCUUGCCAUAGUGUUCUGUUCUGCUGUUCUGCUUUUCUUCGCGUCGCAGUCGCGGACAAGGAUGAGAUCAGACUGCUGAUCAACGCCGCAUUUUGUUUACAGCGUCUGAGUUUACUCCGUGCUCUGUACAGUAACUCUACUUUCGCACAUUUAUACAUUCACAUUGAGCAAAAUGCGCUCAGCCAGGGUCUUCUAUUUGGCCCUUUUCGCCUUUUUACGACUCACCAGCGCCAAUGAUGAAGCGCAAGCCGAGCACCACGACUCGAACACCUGCGCUAUCGACCCCAAAGCCACAGUCACCGACGCCUGCGUCUCAUACGCGACCAUCGACCAUCUAAACGAUGAAGUCUACACCCUCCUCCACUCCAUCACCCAAGAAACCGAUUUCUUCUCCCAUUACCGUCUCAACCUCUUCAACAAAGAAUGUCCCUUCUGGGCCGACUCGGAAAGCAUGUGUGGGAACAUCGCGUGUUCCGUGAAUACCAUUGACUUGGAAGAGGAUAUCCCGUUGACGUGGCGAGCCGAGGAACUGAGUAAACUCGAAGGUCCCAAGGCCGGACACCCGGGUCGCAAGCAACAGGCGGAGAGACCGCGGGAUAGGCCGUUGCAGGGGAUGUUGGGUGAUAAUGUUGGGGAGAGUUGUGUGGUUGAGUAUGAUGAUGAAUGCGACGAGCGCGACUACUGUGUUCCUGAGGAUGAGGGGGCUAGUGGGAAGGGUGAUUAUGUGAGUCUGGUUGAUAACCCAGAGAGGUUUACAGGGUAUGCCGGACCAGGGGCGCAUCAGGUUUGGGAUGCUAUUUAUCGGGAGAAUUGUUUCUUGAAGCCGACUCCUGGGCUUAGUGUGUCGCCGGCGCAGGAGUUGGGUGGAUUGCAGGCUAUGAACGAUUUCCGGAACGUGUUGCAGAUGGAGAUGAAGCGGCCGGAUGGGUAUCCGUUGGAUAACGAGUGUUUGGAGAAGCGGGUGUUCCAUCGGGUUAUUAGCGGAAUGCAUGCGUCUAUCUCGACGCAUCUGUGCUGGGACUAUCUCAACCAGACGACUGGACAGUGGCACCCGAACCUGCAAUGCUUCCAGGAGCGUCUGCACGACCACCCCGAGCGGAUCUCGAACCUGUACUUCAACUACGCCCUGGUCUCGCGGGCUGUGGCCAAGCUGCAGAAGCACCUUCAGGGUUACACCUACUGUACGAGCGACCCGGCGCAGGAUAUGGACACCAAGGACAAGGUCACCCAGUUGACUCAGACCCUGUCGAAGCGGCCUCAAAUCUUCGAUGAGCACCUGAUGUUCCAGGAUCCCAGCUCCCCGGGUCUGAAGGAGGACUUCCGCAACCGCUUCCGCAACGUCAGCCGUCUUAUGGACUGCGUGGGUUGCGACAAGUGCCGCCUCUGGGGUAAACUCCAGGUCAACGGCUACGGCACCGCAUUGAAGGUCCUCUUCGACUACGACGAGACCAAGAACGGCGAGAACCCUCCCUUGCGACGACUGGAAUUGGUCGCGUUGAUGAACACCCUCGGUCGCAUUUCGCACAGUUUAGCCGCGGUGCGCAGUUUCCACCGCGCCAUGGACCUGGGACAGGGCGAGACCUUUGCAAUUCCCGCCGGUGGUCAAUUGGGCGCACAGAAGUCAAGACGUUUGUUCAAGGACGGUGGUUCUACGUUCUAUUACGAAGGUGAUGAGGAGGAAUUUUCCUACCGAGCCGAGCGACAGCGAUUGCCGUGGGAGCGGCGGCCCCGUCGGCCCGAUGACGGGUUCCUAGAUGACUUUAAGGCCGAGUUUGAAGUUGUUUGGGAUACGUACAUGUUCGUCCUGGGGUCUUGGGCUCGCAUUCCGCAGACAGUGUUCGAAAUCGGAGUGCUCGAGGUGAACCGGCUCUGGAACUACUGGCUUGGUCUUCCAGUACCACCGCGGACAUGGAAGAUUAAGCUUCCUUCACGAGAUGAGCUAUGAUCUUGUUCUUUUUUCUGUUUUUACUGGGUGAAUUUGUAUCAUAGAUGGCCUGGGCUUGGUGUUAUGGUUGGGCAUUGGAGAUUUCACAUCGUAUCUAGCAUAGACCGGAAUGCA